AUGCAACAAGCACUCUGCCCACCUGAUGAAGAUCCAUCGGUCUAUAAAUGGGAGUUGGAGAAUAUCCUCUCAAAAGCCGACCCGACUCUUUCGAACGAUGCUAAAACUGCGUUGUUGACGAGGCAAUUCUUGAGAGGUUUACCGCCGACGCUGCAGAUGCUGGAGCAUAACCCCCCUACACCGAAUGAAAUGGUCGAGUUCACUCAACGAUUUUGUGCUCUUGGUCAACCAGUAGUGGACGAUAUACCUCCCAUGCAAGUUGAUGCUGUUGCUCACUCGUCUUCUCCAGCAGACCCAAAAUUACAGCAGCUUAUUUACCAUGGUUGCUGGCAUCUCGGAGAAACAACAAGCACUAGAGAACCGCCUGAAACGUACGGUAAACGCUAUACGUGUGGUUUAUCAGGUCAUCUUGCUCAAGAUUGUAUGCGACAGCAAGGCUUUAGUCCAAGGCGGAUGAUCACCUGUUAUAAUUGUUGA